AUGAAGAUCGCUGCCACUGCAGUUGUUGGCCUGCUCUCUGCCACCCUAGCUACGGCGAAGCCAACCGUUGAUGAGAGCUACCCGUACAAGGGACCGGAGACUCCCAUUGGCGACUGGGUCAACCCAACCGUCAAGGGCAACAGCAAAGGCUAUGUGCGCCUCGUUGAGCCUCCUGCCGUUAAGCCCGCUUCCUCAAACCCAACCAACAACGUCAAUGUCAUCUCCAUCUCGUAUGCUGGUAGCGCUGGUGUCAACAUUCAUUACCAGACGCCUUUCGGUCUGGGCGAUGCGCCCACUGUAAGCUGGGGCACCAGCCGCGACUCUCUGGACCAGACCGUCCACGGCGCAAGUCACUCAUAUGACCGCACGCCGCCAUGCACCGAGGUCGCCGUCACUCAGUGCAGCCAGCACUACCACGAUGUCCAGAUCACGGAUCUGAAGCCCGACACCACCUACUACUACAAGAUCGCCGCCUCCAAUGGCACGACUGCCUCCGAUAUCCUGACCUUCACGACCGCCCGCCCCGCCGGAAGCAAGAAGAGCUUCACCGUCGGCGUCCUCAACGACAUGGGCUACACCAACGCCGGCGGCACUUACAAGCAGCUCGGUAAAGCCAUCGAGGAGGGGUUGGCCUUUGCCUGGCACGGCGGCGACAUCAGCUAUGCAGAUGACUGGUACAGUGGCAUCAUCCCCUGCGAGAGCAGCUGGCCUGUCUGCUACAACGGAUCCAGCAGCCAGCUGCCUGGCGGUAUCACGCCCGACUACGAGAAGCCUCUCCCCGAGGGCGAGAUCCCUACGCAGGGUACGCCCAACGGCGGUGACAUGUCGGCUCUGUACGAGUCCAACUGGGAUCUUUGGCAGCAGUGGAUGACCCCCAUCACCGCCAAGGUGCCAUACAUGGUGCUUCCUGGAAAUCAUGAAGCUGCCUGUGCCGAGUUUGACGGCCCCGGUCAAAUCCUCGCGGCCUAUCUCAACCACAACAAGCCAAACAGUACCUCGCCCAAGUCUGAUAAGCUCACUUACUACAGCUGCCCUCCCUCCCAACGCAACUACACUGCUUAUCAGCACCGCUUCCGCAUGCCUGGUGGCGAGUCCGGCGGCGUCAGCAACUUCUGGUACUCCUUCGACUACGGCCUCGCGCACUUUAUCUCCUUCAAUGGCGAGACCGACUACCCCAACAGCCCCGAGGCGUCGUUUGCUCGCGAUGUCAAGGGCAGCGGAAAGGCCCCCAAGGCGAAUGAGACCUACAUCACCGACAGCGGCCCCUUCGGCGCCGUCAACGGAGACAUCACCAAGAAGGAGUCGUACGAGCAGUACAAGUGGCUGCAGGAAGAUCUGGCCAAGGUUGACCGAACCAAGACACCUUGGGUCAUUGCCAUGAGCCAUCGCCCCAUGUACAGCUCGCAAGUGUCGGCCUACCAAGAAAACAUGCGAAACGCUUUUGAGGACCUCUUCCUCAAGUACGGCGUUGAUGCGUAUCUCUCUGGCCACAUUCACUGGUAUGAGCGCACGUUUCCCCUCGGCCGCAACGGCACCAUCGACAAGGCCGCCAUUGUCAACAACAACACCUUUUACGCCAAUGAGGGCAAGUCCAUCACCCACAUCAUCAACGGCAUGGCCGGCAACAUCGAGAGCCACUCCGAGCUCGCCAAGGCCAAGAAGCCGCUCGACAUUACCUGCAUCUUUGACCAGACGCACUACGGCUUCAGCAAGCUGACCGUUGUCAACGAGACCGUCUUGACCUGGUCGUUUGUCAAGGGCGGCGACGGCUCUUCGGGCGACGACCUGACGCUGAUCCGCAAGCCUGCAAGCCACUCUUUGACUUCUUCUUCUUCUGCAUCGUCCGCGUCGUCCGCAUCUACGCAGACCGCCGGUUUCACCGUGGUCACGGAGACAGUUGACUCGUACACGACAUACUGCCCUGGCCCGACCACCAUUACCGAGGGCACGCACACAUACACUGUUUCCAAGGCUACCACGUUGACCGUCACCGACUGCCCGUGUACGCGCACCUUCACCGGCCCCAUUGCUGGUGGGAACGGCACCUCUCCUGCCAAAACCCCUGGAGCGUCCGGCGUCGCUGCGUCGAGCAGCGCCCACCCUACCGCUCCCGUCACCGGCGCAGCCAGCGCUCGUCAACAGUCAUUUGCCAUUUGGUGCGUUGGUAUCUCAAUGCUCGCUGUGCUUCUGCGGUAG